UAUUAUGGUAAAUCAAUGCCGUAUGGGAGCAAGGAUGAAGCAUAUAAGAAUGCUUCUACUUUAGCCCAUCUAACAGCCGGACAAGCCCUUGCCGGUUAUGCGCUUCUCAUAACCGAUUUGAAAAGAAAUUUGUCUGCAGAAGCUUCCCCUGUCAUCUUGUUCGGUGGAUCAUAUGGUGGAAUGUUGGCAGCAUGGAUGAGGCUUAAGUAUCCUCAUAUUGCAAUAGGUGCACUUGCUUCAUCAGCACCCGUUCUUCAGUUUGAGGAUAUCGUGCCACUCGAAACAUAUUACAAUAUCGUCUCAAAUGAUUUCAGAAGAGAAAGUACAAGCUGUUUUGACACGAUAAAGAAGUCUUGGGAUGUGAUAAGUUCAGUGGGUCGGAAAGUAAACGGUCUUGAUCAUCUUGCCAAGACUUUCCGUUUAUGCGGGAAACUAAGGAGCAGUGAUGAUCUUUAUAACUGGUUGGAAUCGGCGUAUAGUUAUUUAGCUAUGGUAGACUACCCAUACCCAGUAGAAUACGAAAUGCCUUUGCCUGCACAUCCAAUUAAAGAGGUGUGCAAAGCGAUAGACGAUUCUGCUGAUGGGACUUAUGUUUUGGACCGAAUAUUUAAAGGUGUGAGUGUGUACUACAAUUACACUGGAAAAGCCGAUUGCUUUGAAGUGGAUGAGGACCUGGAUGGCAUGGACGGUUGGGAUUGGCAGGCAUGUACUGAAAUGGUUAUGCCAAUGUCUAGUGACAAGAACUCUAGCAUGUUUCCGGAACGGGCUUAUAACUACACUUCUUAUGCAGAGGAAUGCUUGAAUAAAUUUGAUGUGAUGCCUAGGCCCACUUGGAUCACUACAGAAUUCGGUGGACAUGACUAUAAGUCUGUCCUCGGAACAUUUGGAAGCAACAUCAUCUUUUCAAACGGUCUCCUAGAUCCUUGGAGUGGCGGCAGUGUUUUAGAGAACAUAUCGGACAGUGUAGUGGCUCUUGUGACGGAAAAAGGUGCGCAUCACUUGGAUCUGAGAGGGGCUACGACAGAUGAUCUGGAUUGGUUGGUGGCGCAAAGGGCGUCCGAGGUGAAGCUUAUCAAGGGUUGGAUUGAUGAUUAUUACAUGGCAAAGAAAGCAGUUUUUAAGAUGUAAAGAUUGUUUUGAUGUUUGUGGUGUGCAUAAGCAAUGUAACAAU